CGCGGAGCUGAAGGAAAUCCCGAUGCAUUAUGGGAUGGUAAUGGAGGGCGCGUGAUUUUGAAGCUUGCAGGAUGCUUUCACAAAAAUCAGGCACCGAACACGCCGCAACCCUUGGCGCAAACCCUGCGGAGGCCGAGUGCCCGGUCGGCACGCCUUCCGCCACCACGGCAGAAGCCCCGGCUACACCGACCGCCCUCGAGUCCGAGAAGCAACCGACCGUCGACACGCCGCCCGUGCAAGCCACCGUCACUGUCGUCGCCACCACUGCCCCGGCCACCACGGCGGCGACCAGUGCGCCGACCGUGGUGGCCGCGGUGACGUCUGCCAACCUGCCGGACAACUGUGACACGCGCAUCGUGCGCUUCAACAACCGUGACCUGGAGAAUCUGCGCAAGAUCCAGGACGAACUGAAUGUGCGCAAGGCAGGGGGUGCCUCCCCGCGAGCCCCCGGCAGCCCCAUCGUCAUCAAGGCAGAGCUGACUAAUCCCAACAAGGUCGUGACGGUAACGGCCGUGACAGCGGCGGCAGUGACUGUGGCAGCCUCGACAGUGGCGGCUGUGACUGUGGCAGCCUCGAAGGUGGCGACCGUGACUGUGGCAGCCUCGAAGGUGGCGACCGUGACUGUGGCGGCCUCAACAGUGGCGGCCUCGUCCUCGGCUACUGUGCAGACGACGGCGGGAGCUACUGCCAAAGUGCAGCCACAGGUGCUGGUGGUCCAGAAGCCCCUGCCGGCGUCCCCCAAUAACCUGGGAUCCCCCAAGCGGGCGGACAUUCGGGUCAUCCAUCCUCCGGGGUUGCCGGUUCGGCGCCAGCUGCAGCUGACGCCCACCAGCCUGGCCUCCGGGGUGGCGGCCGGCCCCGGCGGGCUGACCAAGGUGGUGAUCAACCCGGCCGGGGGCGGGCACCCCCAGAUCGUGGGGCCCGUGGGGGCCACCCUCCAGCUGGUGGGCACGGCCGUGGGGCAGGGGGCCGUGGCCGGGGCACAGCCCACCACCCUGUUGCUGUCCAGUCCCACCCGCGGCUCGGGUGGCGCCCUCAUGCGGGCAGGCCAGCAGCUGGUCAGGGUGGCUGCCCCCGGCAGCAUCGGCUCGGCCGCCAAGGGGAUGUAUGUGGUGUCCCCCAUGAAGCUGGGUGGCAAGGUGGCCAUGAUCCCCAUCUCGGUGGGCAAGUCCCCCCAGCGCAUUGCCCCGGCGCCCUCGGUAAGCGCCCUGAUCCCCAGUGGGGCCACCCUGGGCCCCACGGCCAGGCUGGUGUUUGCCACCGCCAGUGGGGCUACGGCGACCACCGCCACGGCCACCGCCACCACCCGUGCCACCGUUCCGCUCUCCUCCGUGGUCCCCGCCAAGAUGCUGGUGCGCCCCAUGACCGCCUCCAAGUUGGGCACCACCGCAACUGUGGUGCAGAGCUCCGGCGGCGCGACGCCCACGGUGACGGGUGCGGCCACCAUGGUGACGGUGACGAGGAGCUCGGGCACCGUGGUGCAGGUGCCCGGGAGCAAGUUCCACUACGUGCGCCUCGUCAGCGCACCCUCCGGCUCGAGCACCACUUCUUCCGGGACCACCAAAGUGCCCACGCUCAUCCCGCUGACCUCCACAAGGCCCUUCGUUGCCCCCGGACCAGUUACCAGCUCCGCGACGGGAGCCCUCAAUGCAAACCUGAGGCUGGCGGUUCCCAUCGCACCGGCCACUCCCUCGCAGACGCAGGCCGCCUCCGGGUCGGGCCCUUCGACCCAGCGGGUGCUGAUCCCGGCCUCGACGGUGGCCUCGGUGGGGUCCGUGCGGCCGGGAGCCUCCCUGAGCUCGGCCCAGCUGGGCACCCUGCCUGCCGGCACCCUCCUCUCCACGGGGGGCACCUCCGUGCAGAAUGCCUUCGUGGUGGUGCCCGCCCAGUACGUGGCGCAGUUCCAGCAGACGUCCCAGUCGGGAAUGACGAGCGGGGUGUCGAGUGUGUCGGCGGCCGGGGCGGGGCCGGGGUCCUCGCGGGUGCUGUUGCAGUCCUCUCCCGGCCUGCUGGGUUCCUCCGCGGUGGGGUCCCAAGGCGGGUUCGUGCCCAUCGCGGCCGCCGCCCCCACCACGGCCAGCGUGUCGGCCCAGGCCGGCCCCGACCAGAAGCCGCCGGACUCCCUGCACGUCCACAAGGCACAAGUCAACGGGACGUCUAGCGAGGACAACUCCAGGCCGCGGAAGCCCUGCAACUGCACCAAAUCUCAGUGCCUCAAGUUGUACUGCGACUGCUUUGCAAAUGGCGAGUUCUGCCACAGCUGCAACUGCAACAACUGCUUUAACAACCUGGAACAUGAAGAGGAGAGGCAGAAGGCUAUCUCGGCGUGCUUGGAGAGGAACCCCAACGCAUUCCGACCAAAGAUAGGCAAGGGCAAGGAAGGAGACCACGAACGUCGACACACCAAGGGCUGCAACUGCAAGCGCUCUGGCUGCCUGAAGAACUACUGCGAGUGUUACGAGGCAAAGAUCCUGUGCAGCAGCAUGUGCAAGUGCAUCGGCUGCAAGAACUUCGAGGACAGCUCCGAGCGCAAGACGCUCAUGCAGCUGGCCGACGCCGCGGAGGUGCGGGUGCAGCAGCAGGCGGCGGCCCGCACCAAGAUGUCGGCCUGCGACCUGCCCAUGCGGCCCCCCGCCGUCUCGGACACGGGCGAAAGGCUGCCCUUCGCCUUCAUCACGCAAGAGGUUGUGGAGGCGACCUGCCAGUGCCUGCUGGCCCGGGCGGAGGAAGGGGACCGUCUCAAGCUGGCCCUCCCCGACCUGGAGCGCUCGGUGCUGGAGGAGUUUGGCCGCUGCCUGCUCACCAUCAUCGACAGCGCCAACAAGACCAAAGGUAGGCCGCCCGACUGCCCCGACCGGGAGCCUGAGCAGACGCCGCCACCGCCACCCCCUCCCGCCGCCUCCUUUCCGCAAGACCGCUCCGCGGUGCGCAGGACCAAGACUGCAAGACGGAUGCUCGAUCUAUAGCUCUCUCUGUCUCUCUCUCUGUGUGUUUGUGUGUGUGUUCCCUCUCUCCACCCUCACCCGUCGUCCUUACGCUACUCCGUGUUCGCCGGGAAGGAAAAAACAAAAGAGAGAAGCAAGCUUUUGCCUGGCGGUGCCCCCUCGCAGUCCUGUGCGUGCGUCGGAAUUGGGAGGACGGGAGAAUGCGUCGCUUCUGGUGACCCAAAGCGUGUGCCACUAACUCGCAAUUGGGCUUGUGUGGUGUGGCCGCGAGGACGGCGCGUCUGCCGGUUUCAUGUUGCCAGAGUUCACGAUCGUUGUGUUUUAACCUCUUACAGGUUCAAGAAGGCGCCUCGAUUGACCGGGUGGGCCGUGUACAUACGCCUUUUUUUAAUGUCUUCUUAGUGGCAGUAUCGGCCCCGUAAAGAUGCAGCGCCGCCAUCUCGGUUUAAGUUAUUUUGCUAGUCAGAGCUCGCUCCUCCCUGCCUUCUCUCCGGCCCCCCGUUGUCGUCUGGUUUGUUUCUGCUUGUGUUCUCGAGGGGUCGACGUCCACUGGGGGCUUCACUUUUACUUUCUUAUCGAUUGACGGGCUUUUUAAUGUUGCGCUUGUUUUAGUGUGCUGCCAGUGUAUUUGUCUAUGCGGCACAUCUCUCUUGGAGCUGAUGUUGCGUCGUGUGAACGGCUUCGAAAGGAAGCACCCUUCCACGACGGAGCGCGUCGUGCGCUUGUAAUAAAAUGGGGCGUCUGUUCUAAGAGAGCCUCGGAAACCUUGUACAGUUUGUAAAUAAAUGUAGCAUGUCCUCGGCGUGUGUGUAGAUAUGUAAUAUACUGCGCCAUACUUUGCUCGGGGUGUUUGCGACACGCCGAGUCACAAAUCGAGCAUUGUGUACUUGAGGACGCGUGUAGAGCAGCUUUGAAGAGUUGGCGACGUUUCAUUGCAUGGGCAUCAUUUCUCUUUCCUCACAUUUUUUUUUUUUUUUUCCUGUUAUUUGGAGCAUUGGAAGAUUUUAUAGAUUAAUUGUGUCGACAUGACUCGCGCACCCGGAGAGGGUGCUCGAAGACGUAACCAUAGCCAAUCCGAGCUCGUUCUUUGGGACGAGUGGAGCUGGAUUCCGAUUUGUGUAGAGCUUGCUGAACAGGCCAGACGAGAUGGCAGACGUGGAAGCUCACGUUGCGUCGUCCGAAGUGCUACCUGAGGUCGCGCUGGUUCAGGCCAAUGUGUACAGCGAUGCAGAAUAUAAAUAGAGGGCUAAUCUCGGCGUGGUGCAAAACAAAAUAAGCCUUCUUUAUGUUUUGCGGUGAACAACAUAUCAUGCCUAACUUUCGUUUGUCAGACAGCGGAAGGGGGAAAUCGUUUGUGCAUUAGUUUCCAAUCUUUUUGUUUUCUAGCUCGUGUAUGCCAGGGUGCGAAUUCAGCUUUGUUUGUCACAUCAUUUAUAGUUCGAGAACUUCUUCUCGCACGUCGUUACUUUUAUAAUGACUCACCUUGAAGCUUCAUUAGUCGAGGAAACCUGCGAUGUCAAGAAUCUGUACUGGACUACCCAAUAAGAAUCCAUCAUUCAAACUUCCCAAACAUUUCACCUGUGGAAACCCUAACCUUUUGUCCGGACGUUUUGCAGUGGAAAUACAAAGCUGGGCCUGAAUUGCAGACUUUGUUUCAACUUGCUUAAAGAAAUGGUAAAGAUUUUUUUUUUCAUGUCAAAUAAAGUUGUAUUUAUAUGCUGACUUAACUUUAUGCCUUGGACUAGUGUAGCUUGCUUACAGAUCUACAUUCUUUCUUUGCUUCACCGAAAACGGCCGACAUGAUCUUGUAGUACAGUGUGCAGUGAUACCAUCUUCCAGCGUUGACAACUUAUACUGUGUUAAAAAAAUGCUGACCCAAAUGGAAUGAAGCUGGAUUUGUCCUGACGGUGAAUUGGCUAAGGGAAAAUUAAAUCCUGAAUUCACGGUGCUUAUCUCGAUUGGUUUUAUCCUGGCCAUCAAAACAAUUGCAAGCUUUUAAGUCUUGGCUGCCCGGCCAACUAGUACUGUAAUGUUCUGUAACGAUAGUUCUUUUUAUAAUGCAAAGUUAAACUUUGUGAUUAUUAUAUAAGAUUGGUUUUUUGUUACCGUAAAAUCUCGGUGGCAGCAGCGUCUUUAGGGUAGAACAUCUGUUGAGGGACAUUGCGAAAUUUCACUUAUUUCUUGUCAUUUGCCACAGAAGCUUUAGCUCAUGGAAAAAUCAUAUUUCGCAGACCCUAGACCAAAGAACCGGAAAGUAGUCGAGUUUGGAGGUCUAGACGUGAGCAGUUUUCGAAGCAGCAACUUUUCAAGAAGUGCUCGAAUAUUGUUUCACCGUCCCUUUGAUUUAGAACUUGGUGUUCCCUCCCCCAUUACGCCUGUUCCCAGAAGUUUUGUUGGGAACGGCACCAUGGGUGAAUGCAUUAGCUUUUAUGAACUCUUUCCAUUGCCUUACCUUUCUCACUCUUGUGUCAUAGUUGCAAUAAACAUUAAUAUUCUUUCAAUAUCCAGCUGCCAGCAUCACCUGCAAAUUCUGUUUCACUGUCGCCUUUGGGCGCUUUGUGCUGUACAUUGUUUCCCCGCCUGCAAUGGCAAUUGAAAUGGCAUUAUUUUGAGGGUUGAUGCCGUUUGGAUAGGUCUGCCUGUACUGCAAACAUAUUGGGCUGAUGUCAUUUUGACUUCUCAAACGGCCAAACAGGCCCUUUGGCCACGACAAAUCUUUGAAUUUCAAUAUUCAUCGGGUAAUGAGUGAAGUUUGAAUCAUCCCUCUAAUUUUACCGGAACAACGAUUUUUGUAGACCCGCACCGUGCUGUCUUGAAAUCCUCGUUCAAGGCUGAAGGCCCUGCUCUGUAAAGAUUUAUAUUUGUUUCCUCUUCCCUCUCGCAAUGUAAUUUGGAAUUGCCAUCACAUUUGUACGUAGAUCAAUGCAUUUUGUAUAAUUAGUGGAUGAAAUUGUUGUAUUAUUUUUUCUUGAAAGAAAUGAGCUGUUUUAUUUUGAAGAAUUGUGUAUAUUCAUCCCUUUAUUUAUUGCUCUGUACAAUCUACUAAAAUAAAGAUUACAAGAAAAUUUGCAUCCUCCUA